UUUUCUUGUCCUCAACAUCCACCACGAAGGUCUCGUCGACGUUGUGCUUGCCGUUCUCAACAGUCUUGUCGCUGGUUGAGGUCGCUGGCCGACUUGUCCUGUGGAUUCUCGACAAAGACUACUUUAAACUACAACCAUCGCUAUGCACGUCGCUCGUUUAUAUCACCUCUUCUCGGCGGCUUGUGUUUGCACGUCUGUCUUCGCCUCCGUCGUGGUACAGAAUUCCCUCGAGGGCCAACUGCCUCUCAUUGCUAGAAUUAACGCUCCUUACAAUUGGACAGUCUCUAACAACACGUUUGUUUCGACGCAUAACGCGACGUUGGACUACAGCGCCGCAGACCUGCCCGGAUGGUUGGCCUUCGACCGGACGACUCUGUCUUUCCAUGGGACGCCCUUCAAAGCGGACGAAGGAUAUCACACCGUUACGCUAACUGCGAAGGACCCUAACUCUUCGGAUACGGACUCUUCCAGCUUCUCGCUCCUUGUGUCGUCUACACCUGCACCCAAGGUCAAGCACCCCGUCAUCGAGCAGUUCAAACUUCCUAACCCUUCUCUCUCCUCGGUGUACCUUGUCUCGCAGAAUUCUGCGCUAAAGUCCUCUGUACCUGCCCUUCGCAUCCCGCCCAAGUGGUCAUUCAGCAUCGGGUUCCAGUACGAUACCUUCACCUCGGACGCGGUCGAGAACAUAUUCUACGCCGCGCUUCAGCAAGAUGGUUCCCCUCUGCCCGAUUGGAUUGAGUUUAAUCCUAGGAGUAUCACCUUCAACGGCGUGACGCCAUCGGAACGGGAUGAACGUGUGCCCCAAUCUCUGGCUCUGUCUCUUCAUGGCUCUGACGAGGAAGGCUAUUCUGGCGCAUCUCUCCCAUUCAACAUCUUUGUGGCGCAACAUGAACUGUCUUUGGCGACGUCAUCUCUGCCGACGAUCAACGUCACCGCGGAGACUGAGUUUUCGGUCUCUCUAAACUCUCCUGCGGACUUCUCGGGCGUGCUCUUGGAUGGACAGCCCAUCCAACCCUCGGAUAUCAUCGUUCUAGAAGUCGAUACUUCCUACUACGGUGACUGGCUCGACUAUGACACUGCAAGCAGGACGCUUAGCGGUACCCCUCCGGCUAGUGUGGACAACGAUGAGGACGAUCCGGUGUUGCCCGUGACCAUCACGACAACGGUGAAUCAGACUCUCGAAACCAAUGUCUCCAUCGCCGUGGUUCCAUCGUAUUUCACUGCUCCGUUGUUGCAGCCUGUCCUCGUUCAAAACGGAGAGCAACUGUCAUUCUCCCUCGUUCCAUACUUCUCGAAUGCUACGGGAACAGGCGGUCAUGACGACAUCUCGCUUUCUGCGGCCUUUGACCCGGACAACGCAACUCAAUUUUUGACUUUCGAUCCCUCUGCCGCGACAGUAUCGGGUAUGGUGCCGAGAAACUUCACUGACUACUCGCAUAUAACCCUCACUUUUACCGCCUACUCGCAUGUUACUCAUUCGACAUCGCACACUAGUCUCCCCAUCUCGCUCACUCCCUCUGACUAUGCGAAUUCUCACAAUACGACUGGCACUUCACUCUCGGCGGCUACUAAGGCAAAGCUACUCCUUGGGCUCAAGAUCGCGUUUGGCAUCAUCGCGGGACUUGUUCUCUUUGGUCUUUCCCUUGCUGCUUUCCGUCGGUUCGCGCGAAUUCAGGACUCAGCCCUCCUUGGCGAGGAAGGCCAGCGCGCGUGGACGGACGAAGAAAAGAAGUGGUAUGGCAUCGGCAUCGACGUUGAUGGCAAGGACGCUGGGACCGAACUUCGCCGUGUACGCACCCGGCUAGGCAACGAGUCGCCCUACAGCAGUGGAAGCCUCGGAACACCUGCCGUAAUGAGCAAAGCUGAAUUCUUCAACAGAGUUCGAUCAGCUGCUCGGCGUGUCAGUGAUACGGUGCGAAACGUCGGCAGCACGAAUAAGAGGGCAAGACCCGUCAUCGGCAAGCCUACCCUCAUAAUGGCCGAUGAUGGACGACUCGCAGACACCGAUGAUCUACGUCUCGUUCGCCCAUCGCAGACACUAGACCCAUUCGACGAUAUCAAUGCGACGGCUUAUGCUCCUAGCGGGACGAGCGGGUGGACUGGUGCUAGUAUCAGUAUUCCUGGAUCCCCAUCGGGCUCGACCGGAGAGCGCUCUAUUCCUCGACGCCGCCCCGAUUUUGGACCUCCCGAACGCUCGACGUCGGCCAUGCUCCUCGCCACACCCCCACAGACGUACGUCUCCAAGACCCACGCCUACGCUCACGGCGCGCCGCUCAGCCGCUCCUCAUCUACCGAUACCGACGGUUCUGACGACUCCGCGCGCACACACGCGACAGAGGCCGUCGUGCAACGUGCUCGGAGCGUUCGUAGUGUCCGAUCCGCUGCGAGUGUAGUUUCCGUUCAGGCCGAACAUGGUGGGCCCACGCCGCGUCUCGUUCCCUUUGGCGCUGCGCGUGUACCUGUGCCCAAGCUGUCGCAAGAUCAGCCCAUCGCGGGAAACGGACCUGUGCGCACGAAGCGCGUAGCGAGCCAGAUGGCGAAGGUCUUCCGUAGCUUGUCGAUAGAGAAACGAUUCAGCCAGACCGAGGGCGCCCCAGGGGACGACCUGAGCGUUGGCAUCGAGUACGUUCGGGCGCUUGGCGACAACGCUGACGAGUUGACUCCUGCUGGUUCACCAUCACCAUCGUUCUCGGUGGCCGAGUCUUCACAUAUGGGUCAUGGCGAGAUGAGCAGGAGCGUGUCCGCCGCCGGGCCAGUACCCACGCCGCGCAUGCUCACGCGCACGGGCGAGCCUUUCAGGUUCCGCAUUGCUCUCAUGCUACCUCUAUCGCACACGAAGCCGCUGGAUGUUCGCCCCAUGGGUGACAAGAAGCUCCCCAAAUUUCUCAAAGUUGACCUUGCUGCCCCCGCGAGCGCCGGCGGCGACAAGCGUGUAGUCGAGUUGUCGGGCGUGCCUGCCAAGGCCGAUAUCGGAGAGGUGGUCAUUGGCGUAUAUGAGCGUGGAGUGAUUGAGUGUGUUGGACGGGUCAUCAUCGAGGUCGUCGAAGCUGGUCGGCGAUGAGUUCUGCUAGCCGCUGACGCAUCCUUUCAGCGACUUCCUGUUUACUAGAUGUAUUAUACCGUAUCUGUUGUAUGUUUAGUCUUGUAUUCUAAUACAAGAAGCGGUUUCGCUUCGCUACGCCAUUG